AUGCAGGUGGAACUCGUGCCCGUGCUCUCGGACAACUACGCCUAUCUGUUGAUCGACACUGCCACUCGUGUGGCGGCAGCGGUUGAUCCAGUGGAUGCUGCGAAGGUCUACAGUCGUGCGAAGGAGUUGCGAGUGACCGUCUCUAUGAUCCUGACCACACAUUCACACUGGGAUCACGCUGGUGGCAAUCGAGAGCUCGUUGACCUCAUUAACAAGCACGAGAGCCGUCAGAUUCCGGUGGUCGGAGGGCCUGGAGACGCUGUGGAAGCUCAGACACAUUCCGUCACGAACGGAGACGUGGUUAAGCUUGGAGAUCUGGACGUCAACGUCUACUUCACUCCGUGUCAUACUCGAGACCACGUGUUGUAUCAUUGCCAGGACGCUCUGUUUACAGGCGACACGUUGUUCAUCGCUGGAUGCGGUCGGUUCUUCAGUGGCAACGCGGCGGAAAUGCAUCACGCUCUGAACGAAGUUGUGGCCAAGCUGCCAGAAGACACGAAGAUCUACUGCGGUCAUGAGUACACGACGAGUAAUUUGCGUUUCGCUGCUCAUGUGGAGCCGGAGAAUGAAGUAGUGCAGAAGAAGUUGGCGCGGGCUGAAGAGAAGACGAAAAACGGUCAACCUACAGUCCCAUCGACGGUGAAGGAGGAGCUAGCGACAAAUCCAUUUAUGCGUGUGACGAAAGAAAGUGUGCAGAAGUUCGCAAAUAAUGAAAAGGACCCGGUCAAGGUGAUGGGAAUUGUCCGUGCUGCCAAGGACAAUUUUGUGAUUGGAAAAUAG